CGUCACAAGGGCCGGGAGGAAAAAGGCUCCUUUUUGGUGUAAAUCUGGACUCUAAUUCCGUAAUAUAUCACGGUACCUCGUAAAACCGACACUAAAACGUCCCGACCUACAAAUCACCCGGCCAAAUUAUGAGUUCAUUGUAUUAUGCGAAUGCUUUAUUUUCUAAAUAUCAAGCCGCAAGUUCGGUUUUCCCGUCCGGAGUCUUCCCCGAGCAAACUUCUUGCGCUUUCGCCUCCAACCCCCAGCGAGCGGGGUAUGGGGCCGGAUCCACGCCUCCCUUCGCCGCCUCCAUGCCCGGGCUCUACUCCAGCGGCAGCGCCGUGCACCCCCAGCCCCCCGGCAUGUACUCCUCGGGGUACGGCCUGGAGCCCGGCUCCUUCAACAUGCACUGCUCCCCCUUCGAGCAAAACCUCUCGGUGAUGUGCCCCGGGGACGCCUCCAAGCAGAACUGCAGCAAAACGGAGCAGAGGGACUCGGAUUUGCAGAGCGACGGCGGCAACUUCCGCAUCUACCCCUGGAUGAGGAGCACAGGCACCGACAGAAAACGCGGCCGCCAGACCUACACCAGGUACCAGACCCUGGAGCUGGAGAAGGAGUUCCACUACAACCGCUACCUGACCCGGAGGAGACGCAUCGAGAUCGCCCACGCGCUGUGUCUCACCGAGAGACAGAUCAAAAUCUGGUUCCAGAACAGGCGCAUGAAGUGGAAAAAAGAGAAUAAAAGCGCCUGCUCCGGCUCCGGCGGCCAGGAGAAACCAGACGCGGAGGACGACGAGGAGGAAUGAGAGGGGAGAGGAGAGGGUGGAUGCAGGAAACGCGGAUGGAAUCCCAGGCGGGAAGAAGAGAGGGGAAUAAAAAAAAAAAAAGACUAUGUAUAAAAAUAGAGAAAUGAUAAGCGCAGAAAGAAUUCCAAACCCUAGGAGUGAUACGUCGUGUUUCCUGACACUGAAAAAAAAAUACUACCUAUAAUAAAGUCCUUUUUUUUUUUCUUUUUUUGUACAAUAGAAUAUCUACCUAUUAAAUGUGGCUUUAGAGUCAGAAUAGACCCAUUUUUCUAUGUGAGCCUUCCUCUAGUACCCGUAAUUUGUAAAUCUCCGUUUGUACUUCGCUGUGUACUUUUUUUGGGUAAAAAGAAGUAACGUGGUCGUGGUUUAGCACCUUUAAUUUAGAAAAUGUGACCUGAAAGCCUGAAUGCAAAUCACACUUAGCCGAUAUAGUCCUGUACAGAAUAUGGAUUAUUAUUAUCCCUUCUCCCUGUAACCUCUGUGGUUCUUUUCUCCUUGCUGUGCUCUUUUGUCCGUGUAUAUUUUUACCUGGGUUCCUUCGUUGUUCAAGUCUCUAAGGGGGAGGAAAAAAAAAAAAAAAAGAAAGAUAAGAAAAGAAAAAAGAAGAGGAA